ACGAAAUCAGGAAGUCCCUUUUUAGAAACUUAAAACCAAAAUACAUUUUACGGUAACGACAUAUGUUUAAACCAAUAUAACAGUCGACAGUCGAGUUUUCUGAGAUGUGGCCAAUGAGUUGAGAAUUUUUCUCAUUUCUUUAUGUAUACCUUGAAAGUUUAAUGAAAAUCACCAGAGCGUUUUUUUAAAUAAAAUUUACAUAUACGAACAUUCAAGCAUUGCUCUGUUAAUAUUAUAUGACCUUAUCGUGAAUUUUCUCAAGCAUAAGUUUUUAAUGUCCUAUUACGUGGAUGGGAGUGUCUCUCCAUAAUAGCGCUCCACAGUCACAUGACAAAGUUUUCUACGAGAUUAACCAAAGUCGUUACGUCUGAAGGAAGUCAAUAACAUGUAAGUGUAUGUUCCAAUAGUUUAGGAAAUUGUUGAGACUGUUGGUAUACAAAUUGGAUCCACAUAACAACUCGUCAAAGAUGUCCUGCAAGAGAAAAAUUCAAACCGAUAGAAAAGUAUCGAAAAGACUCACUACAGAAAAAAAAAGUACAGACCUUUGUUUUCCUCAAGACACCUAUGGACUUAAUGUUUGUCUAAAGGAUCAGACUGACCUAGCAGACUUCUCCAGUCUUGGAGAUAAGAAUCAAGAUACAUAUUCUCAUCAUUUCAUCAGUGACCAGUUCAAAGUCCAGUUAGAUGAUGUUGAAGGUCCACUAAUUGGUGAUCAUGAAACUCAGGAGUCAGAAGGUGGAGAAGCUGAUCUACACAAAUAUCUUGUGGACUGUAAGAAGAAUCCAGGGCAUAGACAAUUUUUAGAUGUUGAGACAUUCACCUUGAAACAUUUACCUGAAGGUUUUCAAGACAAUGAUUUGUAUGAAUACAUCAAAGUUACAGCUGACCUUACAGUUAGAGUUGAUGUUAGAAAGAUCAGUCCAAACAGACCAAAGUUUUGGCCAAAGACAACUCGACCAUAUCCAUUUUCUAACAUGAGAGAGAGAAGUAACUUGAGGACAGGAAGUGGAAGAGUGUGGAAUGUAAACAAGUUUCAAGAUGGAGUCACACAAGAUGGAGGUUAUGGAGGUACUGCCUACACAAAGUGUUGGUGUAGAAAAUGUAAAGGUUCAAACUCACCCAGCAAUGUGUGGUGGGAGUUUGAAGUGACCACAGCCACACAUGUGGUGUUUGAUGACAUUGAGGUCAACCACACAACCCUGAGAUUGUUUUAUGAUAGAGAUGACAGUCCAGUGGUCAGUGUUGAUAAGGUCAGUGUUGAUUAUGUAAACAUUGAGUAUGACAUGUGUUGGUUGAAAUGUGUGACAUGUGAUACAACUUUAGGAAAUAAACUGAUGGAAAUGUUCAAACAUUUUGUAAAAGUCUGGAGGAAAGUCUGGAACAAAUACAUUGACGCUAGAUCUCCACAAAAGUUGACCUUUAUAGUGUCACAUCCUCAUGGCUGUUCUAAACAGGUCAGUGUAGGUCAAUGGAAGGACAGACUAAAGGUGGGUCUUAGAUCUAAGUUUACUUAUACAACUUGUACAUGUCCAGGAAGUAGUGGAGCACAUGUCCACUGUCUGGGGUAUAGUGACUGGACUUGGUCUGAUCUUGUCCACAGUGGAAGUUUCAAGUCUGGAUUAAAUUACAGUGGAGCUGGUCGUGUUUAGUGAGUUGUUUCCCUUGUGAGUUGUCCAGCUCCACCAUAAAGAUGUCUUUGAGAACCCUUGACAUUCUGAACAUCAAACUCAAAUGAAUCUUUAGUCUUGAGUUAUGUAAAUAAAAUGUGUAUGUUAUCUUUAAA